CUGACAAAAUUGAAAAUACUUCAGAUUUCACGAUAGAAUAUACAUGUUAUUAUUUAAUUCAGACAGAAACUAGAAAGUAAUAUACGAUAUAAUAACUUAUUAGUAAAAUUAAAGUAAAAAUGUAAAAGCAAUAAAAAGCAGAGAUACAAAAAGACCUUAUGAAGCCGAUGCAUUGUUUUGUGUUCUAUAACUAAAUUAUAUAAAAAUGUCUUGGUUGUUAUUAAGCACAUUCUGUUUAUUAUUUUAUUCGACAUACUGUGCAACUGAGGAAUCGAAAACUGAUAAUGUGGUAGUCGACUGCAGUACUUUAAGAAUGGGGCAAUAUAUCUGUCCUGACCCGAGUCAAAAUCAAAUAGAUUCUGCUACUCAACAAUACUAUGGCUGCACCAAGGGAAAAGAUGUUCCCUCAGAGGGUGAAGCAAAUGUUUGGUGCAUAGCAGCUGAUAAGAUCAUUUGUAAUGAAACAAAGAAUUCAACAUUUUAUAAGAAAAUGCCAUGCAAAUGGACAAAUGGCUAUUCUUUAGAGAUAGCAUUACUAUUGUCAGUGUUCCUGGGAAUGUUUGGCUUGGAUAGAUUCUAUCUUGGUUAUCCUGGUAUUGGACUUGCAAAGCUGUGCACUCUUGGAUUUAUGUUCCUUGGGCAAUUGCUUGAUAUAAUUCUUAUAGCAGCACAGGUUGUAGGGCCUUCGGAUGGAUCCGCAUAUGUGAUACCAUACUAUGGUGCUGGUGUAACUGUUGUCCGCAGCGACAAUGAGACAUACCUUCUGCCGCAAGCUGACUGGCACAACAUCACCUGACAGUGGGGGACAAUAUCCUUCGAAGUGGAUGAUGAUUAUGAAUGGACAUAAUAUAUCACGAUCGGUGACCGAUUAGUGUAAAGUGUAACAAGAAAAUGGAUUGACAAGUUAAUGUGUAUCUAAUGUAAAUAUAAGUGUACACAAGGUUAUUAAAAAAAAAUUUUAGAACAUUUUAAAUACAGUUAUUUGAAAUACUUAUUUAUAGAUACAAAUAUCUAGCUUGAGGUUGAAAUGUAAAUAAAACUGAUUUAUAAAUAUGUUAUAAUAUUAAAUAAAUUAAUGUACAUUUAA